GUCGCAAUCGUCUUCAUCUAUUUAUACUACACUUUCUACGGUCUAUCUUUCCUAUCGAUACCCUUCAUGUAUCCAGCGGAAAUCAACUCUCAGCGGAUGCGUGAUAUCGGAACCUCCAUGUCAACAACGACGAAUUCGGCGCUGUGCUAUGUAGUUGUGAGUAUUACUCCAACGAGCAUUGCAAAUAUUGGCUGGAAAUACUAUUUAAUCUACACCAUCACCAACAUGUGUUUCGUCCCGAUUGUUCACUUCUUCUACGUAGAGACUGCUAGACUGUUCCUCGAGGAAAUCGACAGAGUGUUCGAG